GGUUUCACAGGAAAGUGUGGCAUUCACGACCCAGCGCUCAUGCAGUACAGACCGUCCACAGCCUGCUUGCCAGCCUCCGCUGCUCUGGCCAGAUCCCAAACACACUCAGAGAGAGAAAGAGAGAGAGGAGAGCAGAUGUGGUGAGUGUGACAGAGGAGGGAACAGUUAGGUGAACUCUAAAGGGGAAUCCUGAGAGCAGGCGAGAAAGGCGAGUAAGGACAUAGAACUUUCCACUGCUUGUAUCCUUUCUCAUUCCACGCUAUUUUACCACAUUUUCAAGCUUUUAAACAUGGAAGUGAUUGAAGACAGCCAUCUGCACCUGGAAGUGCCUGAUCCGCACAAAUCCCUCACUGAGAUCUCAGAAGAUGAAAUCAAUCUCCCAGCCUCUGAUGAUGAAGAUGAGGCCAUCACCGAGAACAAAGCAAAAGCUGCUGAUGGGAAAGAAGAGGCAGGUGAGGGAGACAAAGGUGAGAUGAAUGGAGUCAUGGUCCUGGCGCUGCUGGACAAAAUCAUCGGGGCCGUGGACCAGAUCCAGCAGACUCAGGCCGGGCUGGAAGCCCGUCAGCGGGAUAUGGAGAGAUCAGUGACGGGCAUCCAGGGGGAACUCACCAAACUGUCCAAGAGCCAUACCACCACAGCCAACACGGUCAAUAAGAUGCUGGAGAAGGUGCGGAAAGUCAGUGUGAAUGUGAAGACGGUGAGAGGGAACCUGGAAAAACAGGGCGGGCAGAUCAAACGCCUGGAGAGCAACGAGAACGAACUUCUGAAGAGAAGAAACUUCAAAGUCAUGAUCUACCAGGAUGAAGUGAAAAUACCUUCAAAAGUCAGCGUGGCCAAGUCCAUGAAGUUGCCAGAGUCUGUGGAAGGAGAAGCUGAAGGUGAACACAAAGCAGCAGCAGAGGAAGGAGGAGAAGACAGAGAGAAAGUCAAUCUGGACCUGUCCUCUGAUGAAGAGGAGGUGGAGAUCGAGGAGACCAUUGAGGAGUCUCGAGCAGAGCGCAUCAAACGAAGCAGCCUGCAACGAGUCCAGAACAUCAAAACUGCUUUCUCCAAGGAAAAAAUGGAGAAAACCAAGCAAAAGACCAAGGAGAAUUUGGAGAAGACCAAACAGAAGACCAAAGAGAACUUGGAGAAAACUCGCAUGAAGACCAAAGAGAACUUGGAAAAAACCAGGCAGAAGACCAAGGAGAAUCUUGAGAAGACCAAACAGAAGACCAGGGAGAACCUGGAGAAAACACGUCACAACAUAGAGAAAAAGAUGGGCAAACUCGGCAAUCGGAUGUCUGUGAACCCUGAGCGCAAAGAGAAGCUCAAGUCCUCGCAGAAGAAGGUGGUGAAGUCUUUCACUCCUGACCACACCAUCUAUGCUCGCUCCAAAACGGCUGUCUACAAGGUUCCGCCGUUCACCUUCCAUGUGAAAAAGAUCCGUGAAGGAGAAGUGGAGAUCCAGGGAACCGAGAUGGUGGAAGUCGGUGGGGAUGCAGAGGAGGUUGAGAAUGCAGUGAUGGAGGGAAUAGAAGAUGAGGAGAUGGAGAUGGAAGGUGGCGAGAUGGUGGAGGAAGACGAUGAGACAGAAGAUAGCGCUGAGAUGAGAGCGCUACUGGAGAGGGGAGAAGAGCUGGUGUUAGUGGAAGACCAUGACAGAGAUAGCGAUUAGUGUUUGUGUGUGUGUUUGGGUGCUUACACAUUAGAGAAGCUUGUAACAGAACGUUUGAUUGGUAGGACAGUAUGGAAGGCUCAGUUUGAUAUCAAAUGUCAAUACAGCAAUAAAUCUGAUUUCUGAAAGCUCAACUCUCUGAGAUUCUAAUCAAUGAACUGAUGCCUAAAGAGGUUUUGGUUUCGACCAAACCCUUUAUAUUUUUCUCUACAUCUUUGCAGAGCACCAUCUCCAUUAAAGUGUUUGCAGCAUUCUCUGACAUAGCAUAACCUCUAGUGUGUAGGCGCCCUGAGCAUGUGUGCUGUACUGCCAGUCCAGAUAUUGGAUUCUGCAGGAGAAUGUGAAUGUGUCUGUUUGCAUGUGUGUAUUUGCAUCUUUUCUAUCAGCAGAAUGUUUCAAAUUCAGGGUGACUCUAUUCACCUAACGUAUGUGCGAGUGAGAGAUUUACUGUAGUAGUUCAAGUAACUUAGUUCCUUGAGUGAAUAAGACUAAGACUAAGCGUGCCAAUCAAUAAGAUGCAAGAUGGUAUCUGGGAACAUUAUUGUGCUAGAUGGACAGGAUGAACAUAAAUUCAAAACUCUAUGAUGAUACCGGAUAACAGAGAGAUGGCUUGAUCAAAUGAACAACAGACCUGUUGGACAGGUAGUUCUUUUGUUCUAGAAGAUUAUUUGGUCACAUUUUAUAUUAGGUGGCCUUCACUACAUUGAGUACCUCUACUGUGUAACCACAUUUACUGCUCAUGAGUUUGGGGUGUGAAUAGGUUGAGUAAGGGUUGGGUUACAUUUAACAGUGUAUAAAGUGAGACCAAUUAUUUUCCUUCUUGUUCUAGUCUCACAUGUAGAGCUACAAACUGUUCUUCACUUUUCACAGAAGGUGGAGGAACAAACCAAGAUAAGAAAACCUGAAGUAUUGCUUCUGAGUGCUCAUUUUUAUAUAUCUUUUAUAUAUCUUAGUUUAAUGAAUAAUGUUACAUUUCUGUUACACUGAUUAUUUUUGGUCUCAAUGUGAUAAAUUACACAAAUAGUAAAUAGUAUAUAAGAACAUGAAACCACAUUUAAACAUCAAAAAUUAUUAUGUGACUACAUGUUUUUGUCCUUUUGCAUGAUUUUUACUGGAAACUAUCAAAACAGAUGAUAAAAAGAUUGAAGUAUAAAUGCCUAUAAAAUGAUCUUCAGAAUGGCACUGCAGGCUUGCUCAACAUAGGCACCAGUGCUCUUUACCCACUUAAAACUACAGUUUGUGUAACAUUUUCACGUCCCCUGGUGGACAUGUGUAGUAAUGUUGUGAUGGGCCAAUGAGGGAUGAACCCUCAGCCUCAUUUAUCGACCUAAGAGCACAAAAGUUAAAGUUAAAGCGAAACAGGUAUGAGCAGCAAAAAGCUACAGCUAAUGUCAUCAGCACCUCUAAUCUUAAAUGAAACACAUAUGAUAAUGAAUCACUGUUAUCACUUAUAGCACAAGCAGUUCUCAGAUGUGUUAAUUUCAUUCUCCUCAAUGCUCAGAUAGUAUCAUUUCAGCAAUUGCGUAAUCUUGCAAAACUUUUACUCUGCUUUAAUCAUAGUUUCUUUUUUGUUUGUUUUAUUUUUGCUUGUGUAGCUGAUGAUGCAUAUGAAUAUUCUCUUGUAAUGUCACAGUCUUAACCACUAAUGUGUUAAUAAAAGCAAUCAUGCUUCACA